AUGGAGAAGGAUGAGCUUCGAUCAAAAAAGUCAAUCACAACAGGCUGGAUGCUGGUUAUUUCAUCCAACAUCCAAAUGAGUAGUAGUGCAUUGGACCGCUCGCCUGUGUAUGGAGGCUCGUCAAAUUACCAAAAACUAGACUAUUCCACCACAGCCAAAAGAAUCAAUAUGGACGGUGGUCAGCCAAAGAUGUCCCGCUUACAGCAGAUGCAAGCACAGUAUCAGCAAAGGAUGUUGAAAGAUAAAGAAGAAAAACUUGUCAACAUGUACCAGGAAAACCAACAGCGUGCACUUAACCGUGUACAGUCCAAAGGAAUGGCAAGGGAAUUCUUUCGAGAGCGACGUGAAAUGGAAGCUAGCGGUAACUGGAAUCAUAUGCCAUCCAUGACCCAGCACUAUCAACAAAAGAGGAAAGAAAACGGUCAGUAUAUGGGUUAUCAGCGACAAAACUCUGGUGGUCAGCAGGGCUACAAGACCAGAUAUCAGAAAAUGUCCAGCGCUGGUAGAGAUAAAUCCAACCCUCUUGCACCAAUAGAGCGUACAAAUUCACAAGAGAAUGAUUUUUUCCCAAGGAAACCACAAAUUCAUGGUCGACCACGAACAAAAGACUCUGAGAAAAGACCAGCACGUGAAGACCCAAUGCCAAAAAGUGCACCUAAUAACGAAUUUACUCCUGACGAUGAAAGUCCGCCACCAAAUUUGUCCAACUUAAAAAAUACACAGAAACGGAAAGUGAAUGCAUUUGGUUAUGGAGGGCGUCCACCGAAAGCACCACCAACGACAAAGACUGCAAAACCAUCUGACUUCCAGCAAUUCCAGUUAGACAGAGAUCAGGAGCGUGCCGAUCGACUGAAGAGGCACCAGCACACACUCGAACGGGGAAUAGGUGGAGAAUACGAAUAUGAGGACGAAAAGGAAAAUGAAUCUGAGGCAAACACACAGCGGGAAACAGCAUUGGAUAUCGAAAGGAAGCAGCAAGAAAUCAUGGAAAAAAUCGCACGUCAACAGGCUGAGCUUGAUAGAAUUAGGAAACAGCGAUCUGCACAAGAGGAAGAGGAAAGAAAAGAAAGAGAACGACGUAAGAAAAAAGAAGAAGAAAGACGAAGAAAAAUGAAAGAAGAGGAUGAAAAACGGAGGAGAGAAGAAAAAGAGAGAAGGGAGAUUGAAGAAGAAUUGAAGAGGAAGACAGAACAGCAACGCAAGACAAACAAUUCUCGCACAAGAUACGAGAGUCAAUAUCAAGAUAAUGGGAGUGAAGGAUAUGCCUCUCAUAUGUCAAGUUUCAGAGCAGAACCAACCCCGCCACCGCAGCCAAAGCCUGCGCGCAAGGCUAUCAACCGUCGACCUCCACAACCACAAAAUCCUUUAGCAAUGUCUUCUGAAAGCGUCCAUGACAACAAACCGCUACCCUCUGCUCGAGGUGGAAAUCUAAGUAUUUUUGAGCAAGCUGCACGUAUGGAAGGUGCCUUCGAAAAUACUCAUGUGAAACAAGUCAAGUGUUCAAACUGUGGUCGUAAAUUCAAUGCUGACAGAAUUAACAAACACAGGGAAUUCUGUGGUAACAUCACAAAGAAACGUAAAGUUUUAGAUGGCACCAAAAUGAGGGUUCAAGGAACAGAAAUGGAAAAAUAUAUUGGAAAGAAUGGCGCCCCCAAAAGACGUGCAGCUUCUAAAGGCAAUUGGAGAAAGCAGCACGAGGAAUUCGUUAAUAACAUUAGGUACGCCAGAAAGAUAGCUCAAGUACAGAAGGAAGGAGGCAGUCUAAGUAACCUACCUCCCCCUCCUCCGGCAGAAAAUGCUGAUUAUAUACAGUGUCCUCAUUGUAACCGCAGAUACAAUGAAACAGCAGCAGAACGACACAUACCAAAGUGUAAGGACAUUAAGGCAAAACCUGCCCCUCUGAAAAGAAGAAGAUAA